AUGGACAAGAAAACGAAUUACAAGCUGUGCGAACGCAACGUGGACCUCCUUAAUGAUCUGGAGUUCGUGGACAAACUGGUUAAGGACCUUGGAUUGGAGGCGGAACCACAGGCUCGUGGCGUUAUCCUAGACAUGGCUUACACUUUGGCAAGGGACAAACUGGUGGAGGCCAAACGCUUCGCCACGCUGGCGAACCGUUCCACCGUGAGUGCCGAGGAUCUGGAGAUGGCGCAGCUGGAGCGGACCGACGAGCCGAAGGGGGAAUCCGGCCAGCAGGCGCAGAAGGUCCUGGCUCCCAACCAGGAGUCUCCGCCCAUGCCGAGUACGAGCCGGGGACUAUCGCUGCCCACAAGGCGCCACUGUCAGGUGGGCAAGAUGGCCAAUCUGAAGGACAAGGGCUUUGAUCAAGCUCAAACGAAGCCGAAGACCGGACUGGCAUCUAUUUCGGUGGCACGUGGUACUGCCCUUUCGGGUGCUAGCAACUCUAGCUCUCAUUCGGUUUUACCCGUGACAUCUUCCCUUCCCGAGGACUCUGAAAUAAUUUCAAAUAUUCCAAGGUCUUCUACUUCCGCUCUUGGUCCACCAGGGGCCGAUCCCCCGGUCUUUAAAAAGCCACGACUCCCGAAGUAG